AUGUCCAUUAAACCUGGCUUGCAGUAUGAUCAUUCCAUUACUUCAGCAGGUGGUCGGCCCACUAUGAAUCUUUCAGGUGGAUUUGAUAGCUCUCAUGAAAAAGCGACUCAUGCUCUUGUUUUCAUGUUGUGUGGUAUUUCCAGUAAAUGGAAACAGACAAUAGGGUAUGAAUUUACAGCUAAUUCAUUUUGCUCUCAACAGAUUGUUCAAACUAUUAUAGCAAUUAUUCAAAAAGCUCACAAUAUUGGAUUAAAAGUAAAAGUAAUAAUUUCUGAUAUGGGAGCACAGAACAGAAGCUGGUGGAAAAAUAUGAAUAUUAUUAUAGUUAAUAAAUACAGUAAGAUGAAUAAUUACAUUCCACAUCCAUGCAAUAAUAAAGAGAAAUUAUUCGUUAUGCCAGAUUCAGUUCAUGUUUUCAAAAACGUUGUAUGUUCGUUAACAGCUGGUAAUAAAUUUUAUUUAGAUGAAACGCUUGUCAGAAAACAUAACUUAUCACACAAUGAAAUUUCGAUAGUACCCAUUCGCGAAACGACGCCUAAUGUUGCUGCCGCUAUACUAUAUCAUAUAGCCAAUAAGCGUAUUGCUGAUGUACAUAAAACCACUGCCUGGUUUCUCAAAACUAUAUACAAAUGGUUCAAAAUUAUGACUAGUAGAUAUCAGAAGCUCGCAUUGUCUUAUUAUAAUGAAGAUGUUUACAAAGAUACUAUCACAUUUCUUAAAGAUUUUAUGGAUAUUAUUCAAGGAAUUACAGUCGGAGAUACAAAAUGGAAACCAUUCCAAAGUGGCUUAUUACUUUGUACACAAACGGCAUUAGAUUUGCAAAUAGAGUAUUUAGAGAAAGAAAAGUUCCACUUUUUAUUAUUAGGCAGAUUUACGCAAGACGCCUUAGAAAAUCUAUUUUCUGUCAUCCGAGUAAGAAAAUCAGUUCCAGAUGCACGUGAGUUCAAACAAACUUGA